AUAAUGAAUCAGAUAGCAAUAGUGAAAGUUCACAAAUUGAUAAUACUGAAGAGUUUGAUGAAAUUGAGCAAGAUGAAUUAAUGACUAGUAAUACAAUAAGACGAGGUGUUUUUAAUUUUGAUCCUACAGAAUUAGCGACAGAUUUAGUAAAAGAGUGGGAUUAUGAAAAUUAUGAAGAUAGUGAUAGUUUAAACAGUGUAGAUAAAGUAGACAGAGAUAUUAGUGAAAAUUUAAAUUAUACUGAGGGUGAAAAUAGUGCUUUAGAAAAUUUGCCUAUAGCACUUCGAAAAACAG